AUGCGCAUGUCAUUGAGGAUACAAGGAAAAAGUCCUGUUGAUUUUAACAUAUCUUCCUCAAAUGAUAGACGACCAAAAGUUACUUAUAAUUCCCAAGAUGUUCGGCGAUCUGAUAGACUUCGAGAUAAACAUAAACUUAUCGAAAAAGAAAGAAUCCCUCAACUUCCUGACGAUAUUAUCCGUAAUAUAUUUGAAUUUGUGGCUUUUCAAUGUAGAUUCGUUUGUUUAUUAGUCAGCAGAAGAUGGUGUCGGCUCAUGGUCCCUAUAAUUUGGAGAACUCCUUUUGCUACUAAAUAUAUAAAAUAUCCUUGGACUGGUGGAAAAUUUUGGUUAUCCGAUAUAAUUGCUACUUAUAUUGUGUGUCUCGAUCCUCAAAGCAAAUUAUUUUUAAGGCAACAUGGUAUUAAAAUUCCUCAUUCUAAAAAACCUUUAUUUCAAUAUCAAAACUUUCUCUACGAAUUUCACUUGCCUCAACUUGAAAAAGUCGUUAUCAAUUGGUAUAGUAAUAGUCAAAAUAUUGAUCAAGAUUUGAAAUAUUUAUGUUGGCAUUGGAGAGAACCGACUGAUCAAAGAACAAAAGUUAUUAAACGAAGAAUUAUGCUUUUAAUGACCGAAAUUUCAAAACUUUUAUUCAAUUCCGCUUAUAUUAAAAGAACUGAUUUUACUAUUCAAUUCAACAGUAUCUUUGUUCCUCCUUUAGAUACUUUUAAUAGAUUUUUAGAUUUUUCCGAAGAUAUCACUUUUUUGAAGAUUUGUAAUAGUGAUUCAAAUAUUAACUUUCCCGAAAACCUUCGUGAAAGUACAAACGAGCUUUUAUGUUCCAUGAAUUCUUCUUUUCAUAAUCUUCAAUAUAUUGAUAUAACUGGCCAUGAUGUUCUUAAUCCCUUAAUAAUUUCUUUGAUCAAAAAUCAAAGACAUCUUCAUUCUCUCGUAAUUCGUUGGGCUAGGGUCAUUAAUCCUAUUCUUAAAAUUUUGUCCUCAAGUACAUUUGCUACCUUAUCAUGGCUUGGAUUUGACAUGGUGCACGCAAGAUUAAAAACUUUUCAAUUACUAUCUGCUUGCAAAAAUUUAGAAUCAUUAGUUUUAUACAACGUCAUGGAACUCCACGCUGAACCUGAAAUUAAUAUUCCUUGGGAUCUAGUACGUCCUCUUUCUGUUAAAAAACUCUUCAUUUUCGAUGAUGGUCGAUAUGCAACAAAUAUUCGUCCAAGUUUCAUUGAAAUUUUUCGCAUUGUUAAAGAAAGUUUGCAAGAACUUACAAUAGACAUUUUAUAUCCGCAUCAAUCAAGAGACAUAAUUAGUUCCAUGAUGGAAACUUGCUCAAAUAUCAAAUAUUUGGCACUUCAUAUCAAACAAAUAGAUACUACCGAUGAAUUUAAUAAAUGGUUACAAUUUUCAAAUGAAUUUUUUCCUGAAUCUUUAACUUAUUUGGAUUUAGACUCUUAUAUUACGCCAAAAGAAUUAGAAGCUUUAUUAAGAUCUACUACUCAUGUUAAUUUUAAAAAAAUUGGGUUAAAUUCCACUAAAGGGAUUACCGAUGAACAUUUACAUAUUUUAAUGAAAUAUUCCGAAUUUUACAAAAGUCUUGAAGAAGUCACUUAUGAUAGAUGGGUAGUUCAACAUAUGAAUAGGUUCGAUAGGUUUGAUAGAAGGAUGAUGUUUACCUGUAAUAAUGGUUUAAAAUUUUCAGAGUUAUCUGAUGAAAAGAUGGAAAAAGCUGGAAAAUUUAUUAAGGUUAUUAGAAGAGAACAAUUUUUACCUUUUGAAAAUCCUUUAACAAAAUAUCAUGAUUAUAAAUUACCAUGGGAAUAG